AUGGCCGCGCCCAGCCGGCCCGGAGCGCCGGGGCUGCUAUUAUGCUUGUUGGGGGGCGCCAUCGCCGCGGCCUGGGGCUCUGCUCCGCCCGCCCCGCAGAUCUGCAGCGGCUGCUGUGCUGGCUCGGUGCGGAACGGCUCCGCGGUGGCCGGCUUCUGUGGCGCGCGGGCGGGCGCGGGACUGCUGGGGCGCUGCUGUUUGGAGAGGGCGGCCGUCGUCGGGCUGGAUCUGGGGAACUGCUCAUUGAGUCAGCUGUGUCCAAGCUUUCGGGAGGCCAGCACUGCUAUUGUCAUUGAUUUGACCGUCAACCAAUUGGAGCCUCCCCCUGAGGAUGCCUUCCGAGGAUUCACCCAGCUGCAAACUCUAGCUUUACCAGUGGAGCUGGAUUGUCCUGGAGGCAGCAACAUGUGGGACAAUAUCACCACCCAAGGACACAUCCGGAUCUGCCAAGGCCAGAGGAACCCCUGCAAUGGUUCAGGGGGACUUGGUUGGCUGUGCCCUGAGGACUCACUUUGUGCUCCUGAUGGACCCGGCCUGCCCCAGUGCCUUUGUGUAGGCCCAUACCAUGGCUACAAAUGCUUACGUCAGGGUACCUUUCCUUACCUGCUGUUCUAUGGGACUUUGGGCGCUGUCACCAUUGGCCUCUCCAUCCUGCUCUGGGUCACCCAACGGCGCAAAGUCAAGGCCUCGUAAUGGCCUCUCCUUCACCUGCUGAAGAGACGGCUUUCCCCGCCCCCCCCUGCCUGUUGCUAUGGCUGUGGCCUCUCCAUUUUGUGAUCCUUUCAGGUCUAUGGCUUCAAACUGUGGCCCCACAUUUUCCUGCGCAGUGCUCUUUGAUCCAAAACACUCGAUCUGAGCAGCCAGAUGCCGUCUUGUUGAAGCUUGCCUGGGCCACCAUAUGUGUUGCUUGUCUAUACACUUCCAUCCCAGACUGAAGCACACAGUAGAACAGGACUGGAUCUGGCAGUUUGUUUGGACUCAAUCCAGUAAGAAGAUUGGGGUGACCGUUUUUUUGCUUCACUGUUGGAUGAAUAUCGUUGGGUUGUCUGUUGAAUUUGUAACAACUGCAAGUGAACUGGCCUGUACUGAUGGUGUGGAGAGGAACUGUCUCAGUUGCCUGGAAGCAUUUCAGCAGUUGCUUUGACUGUUUAAAGACUUUCCGAUUUUCUUAUGCUGAGGAAGAGGCGUUGCUGACCAGCAGGGCGUGCUCCCUGUUCCUCCAACCAAGGGCUUCUUAUUCUCUUGCUGUCAAGCUUCUGCAAGCCACCCCAAGCCACUUGUCUGUGCAUAUGCAUGGACUGUCAAGUCACAGCCAAUUUAUGGUGACCUCAUGGGGUUUUCAAGACAAGAGACAUUCAGAGGUGGUCUGCCGUUGCCUCCUCUGCAUAGCAACUCUGUACUUCCUUGAUGGUCUCCCAUCCAAGUACUAACCAGAGCUGACCCUGCUUAGCUUCUGGGAUCGACUUCCAACCCUCCCAUGUUGCAGUAAUAAAGAAUUCUGCGGUGCAAAGAA